UUCAAAGUAAGGCGGUUAGGGCCGUUGCUUUCAAACAGCGCGCGCUCUCUCGCCGCUGUGAGUUUGCGACCCGCGGUUCCGCCAUGAACACUGCUCGCAGCACCUGGAGCUACGAUGCCCCCACCACACACAUCGAUUUCGGUAACCUCCAGGAAGACGAUGACCCCAUGGCCGAUUACUGGUUCGAUCGGCAAGUGGACCAAGAUUCAACGACUGCUAUGCCCGCGGCAGUACCACUCGUACAAGAUCAAAAUUUUGGAAUGGAUCAAAAUGAACCAGCAACUGUUCUUGCGGUAGCGUCUGCCCCACAAAAUCAGGAUCUGCGAAUACCGGAAGAUUCUUCUAAAACAGAAUCACAGCUACAGUUGAACAAAGAAGAUGCAUCUGCACAAGAUGCAGCUAGUAAACCCCCACCAUGUAACCUGGUCACCUCACUGGAAGAGUGGAGAGCUAAAUCAAGCAAUACCUCUGAACCCUUGAGAAGAUCAAGCCGCAGACCAUCUGAACAAUUGAGAAAACAGUUGGGCAACAUUCGAGCUGCAAGGCGAUCUCAGGAUAUGAAAGCGAUAGAACCUCCAGAUAACAAAAAAGCCCGGUUGGAUGCAACUGGAAAGUGCUCCAACAGCAGAAGUCGGAGUCAGGGCAAACAGAAAAUGUCAUUUGGGACUCCUACAGUUCUCAGGAGGCAACCACAUAUGAGUUCAAAGGGGAAAAGCACAGAAGAAUUGGAGAUGGAAAAAAUUGCCCAAUUUCAGAAGGAAGUGGCAGAGCAGAGGAAACUGAAUGAAGAGUCACUAAAGCUUGCCAUCUCUGGUGCAGGUCAGAGCAAAAAAAUAGUGCAAAUCCCAACCACAAAGCCAUUGGAUAUAAAGUUCCACACAGAUAAGCGCAUUCAUGCACAUGAAGGACAAGUGUAUAAGGAAGUGAACUUCACCAGUGAAUUACGCAAACAUCGGCAAUCUCCUACACGUGAACACAAAGGACCUACCGUGCCAAAACCAUUCAACUUCUCUUGUGGGAGCAAAAGGAAACAUGCAGAUACAGAUAACAAAGAAUACGUUUCUCUGGCACAGCAGAUAGAAGCAUUUCAAUCCCGCACACCGCCACGGUAUCACCUGAGGAGCAGCGCUCAGCUGGAGGGUCCUUCCAAGGUGCCUGCAAAAGUGAAACUGACUAAGCCUUGCACUCCUUUACUGACAACUAAGACCCGUUCUCGACCACCCACAUGCAAGAGUGCAGUUGAAAAGGAAGCUGAAGAGCUGGAGAAGAUGCAGUCAUACAAAUUCAGAGCCCAGGAAGUAAAUUCCAGAAUCAUGGAAGGUUGUUUUGCUGUGCCAAAGAAACCACAUGUUAAAGAAACAACAAAACCUAUCGGCUUUGAUUUGGAAAUAGAGAAACGUAUCCGUGAAAGGGAAGAAAUCCGGAAGACCGAAGAAGUGGAAGAGUACAGCUUCCACUCGCAGCCGUGUCCUUCGAAAAUAUUAGAUAGUGUUGUGGGAGUCCCAGAGAAGAAACCGCGGCCCGUAACAAUGCCCAAAUCUCCAGCUUUUACUCUGAAGAACCGUGUGAGAAUUUCAUACAAGGAGGAAGAGAAGGAGGAAGCUCAUGUUAUUAAAGCAAAUCCCAUGCCACACUAUGCUGUUCCAUUCAAGCCAAGAUCCACUGAAGAGAAAGCUGUAGAAAUUCAGCCCUUCUCAUUUGAGGUCCGAGACAAAGAGAGGGAAGCAUUAAAACAGAAGAAAAUUGAGCAAAUGCGCAAGAAGACGGCAGAGGUCCCUGUUUUUAAAGCAAGGAUACUUCCUGACUUUGACGUUUCCCGGCUACCAGAUAAAGUGAUGAAGCCUGUGACCAAAGUUGAACCAUUUCAUCUACGAGUUGAAGAACGUGGUGCUAUGAAAGACAAAGAAUGGUCACAGAUGAUGAAGGAAGAGCUGAGAAAGCAAAAAGAAGCAGCAUGUUUUAAAGCCAGACCCAAUUCUGUUGCUAAUCGUGAACCAUUUCAACCAAAGAAGGCAGACCAAUCAUUAACAGAAAGGUUCCCUUCUAUGGCUCAAGAGAAGUUUGAAUUAGCAACAGAGAAGCGUGCAAAAGAGCGCAUGGAAUUUGAAAUGCGCAAAGCAGACGAUAAAGCCAUGCGAGAAAAGGUUCAGCAGGAAAAACAGAAAGAAGCUGAAAAGCUUGAUAAAGAUGAAACGUCUAGACUUCGACAGGAACUUGUGCACAAAGCAAAUCCUGUGCGACAUUACAAAACUGUGGACAUCAAACCCAGUGACAAACCACUAACAGUUGCCCACGCUCCACAUUUUUCUGAAAGAUUUAGGCUGUAAUUAAUAUUAACUCGAGUGUUUGAAUGUUUCUGUAAUUCUAACUUUUUGCUAGAUUACUGCUAAAUCUAAGUAAUUGUGGUCUUGUAUCAAUAAAAUAGAUUUUAAUGUUUUUGGUUAAAUGUAGUCAAUCACUUGUUCUGUUCCAGUCAAAGUUUUCUCACAGUAUAUCUGCAUGGUGAAAAGUAAAUAAAGCUACAACUAAAAAAA